CGAAGAGGUUAUGUCGUAAAGUUUAUUUAUUAUGUUUUUUUUUAGAUCAAAUAAGAUUUAAAUUUUGAAUAUAAAUUUCUUUUUAUUCAAAUUGUUGACAAACAAGAAAUGUCAUUAUCAUUUAGGUUUAUCCAUGGUUAUAAAAAAAAAUCUAACUUAUAAUAAAAAGAAACAACCAUGAAGACUGUAAAUAAUAACAUAAAUAUAGACAAUUAUCGCAAGUUGGUGCAAACAUACAUCAACUUACAUAUUUAUAAUUCAGCACUAUUUUGGGCUGACAAGGUGGUAGCAUUAACUGGAAACCCCAGAGAUAUUUAUUGGCUCGCACAGUGUAUGUACCUGUUAAAACAAUACCACCGUGCUGUUCAUUUACUCAGGUCACAAAAUUUGGAAAAGACCUAUGUUUUAUGUAACUAUUUAACUGUCAGAUGCUUAUUGGAAGCACAUGAAUACAAUGAAGCUCUGAAAGUUAUUAAUUUGGUUGAUCUUCAUGGCUCAACUUAUAAGAAUACCAAUAGUCCAUCCAUGUCGAACCAGGAACAUAUUUUAUUCGAAGACACACCAAAAAAUCAAACUUUUUCGUCAAUGUUUUUAUUGAAAGGGAAAGUUCUUGAGGCAAUGGAUAAUCGUGUAUUGGCUGCUGAUUGUUAUAAGCAGGCACUGGAGCAGGAUGUAUACUGUUUUGAGGCUUUUGAUUGUUUGAUUAAGUAUCAAAUGUUAACAGCCCCUGAAGAACAGGAAUUGCUAAAUUCACUUCCAAUCACAGAGCAAUGUUCGCAAGAAGAGGCAGAAAUAUUAUUGACCCUGUACGAAAGUAAAUUGAAGAAAUACCACACCCCAACCCAAGCGAAAACGUCCGAAGGCAACGUAUUGUUUGGUAGUACCCCAUGUUCGAACGUCUCUGCUAAACGAACAUCCCAACUUUUCCCGUCGCUUCCUUCAACGCCUAUAAGUACAGUUUCGUCACCCCUUAGUAGAACGCCGAGCACCGCCCGCAGUGAUAAAAGCGACACGAGGAGAAACAAAGAGAACGAGGAAAACAUGGUUACAGAAGAGCAAGUUGCAGAUAGUGGUGUACUGAUGAUGCGACUGAGAGACAGUUUGGAUAUGCACGUCGCCGAAGCGGAGCGGUUAUAUUAUAACUGCGAUUAUCAGCAGUGCAGUCAGCUAACUGAGGCCAUACUGAAACAGGAUCCUUAUCACACUAGUUGUUUGCCCAUUCAUAUUUCUUGUCAAGUUGAACUGAAGCAAAGUAAUAAAUUGUUCUCACUGGCACACAAUUUAGUUGAUCUUUAUCCCAGCUUGGCUAUAUCCUGGUAUGCUGUAGGUUGUUACUAUUAUAUAAUAGGAAAGAGUGAUUGUGCGAGGCGGUACCUGGCGAAAGCGACUUGUUUAGACAGACUUUUUGGGCCAGCUUGGCUUGCAUAUGGUCAUUCAUUUGCUGUAGAAAAUGAACAUGAUCAAGCUAUGGCAGCUUAUUUUAAAGCUUCACAACUUAUGAAGGGUUGUCACUUACCGUUACUGUACAUUGGCUUAGAAUGUGGUCUCACUAAUAACGUUAAGCUAGCCGAAAAAUUUUGUAAUCAAGCCCACAAUAUAGCACCAGAAGAUCCCUUUAUUAUGCACGAAAAAGGAGUAAUUGCCUUCUCUAAAUUGGACUACAAAAAUGCCGAAUUCCAUUUCAAACAGGCAUUGGAUAAAGUGAAGAAGAUUAAAAAGGGUAUAAUUCCUCAAAGAUGGACUUCAUUGUACAAUAAUUUAGGGCACACCUGUAGAAAAUUGAAGAAAUAUGAAGAAGCUUUGGAAUAUCACAAAGCGGCAUUGUUACUAACGCCGCAAUCGGCUGGCAUUUAUUCAGCGAUAGCUUUUAUAUAUGCGUUGAUGGGUAACAGUGAGGAGGCUAUUGAUUGGUUUCAUAAAGCUUUGGGUUUAAAAAGAGAUGAUACAUUUAGUACCACUAUGUUAAAUUACGUCAUCGAACGACACUGGGAAGAUAAACCCCCAUUUCCAGGUGCUCCCGACGUAGUACCAAAAUUAAACUUCCCCACAAGAAAAGUAUCGGCGCAUAGAAUUGCAGAAGCGUCAAAUAUUGAAGAAAACGGGGAAAGUUCGAAUAAUGAAAUAAUGUCUGAUAUGAGUAUGAGCAUGAGUAUAGAAGUCGAUAUGGCGGAUGCGAGUAGUAUAGUUAAAGAAUAAGUUGUGUAUUUGACAGACAAUAUUGAAUUUUUAAUUUACUUACCACAAAUUAAUUGAUUAUAACCAUUGUUACACUAAUAUAUUAAUAUUAGAAAUAAAUUAAAAUCAUCACGUCGAAUUUUUCAUUUGAUAAAAUAAAAUAAGUUGAACUUUAUUCGAUUCAUCGUAGUUUCGUAAAUAUGAUGUAUGAAAAUGAAACUAUGUAAGGAGCCACUGAAAUAGUGAGAUCAGUAUUGGCUUAUUUUAGGAAGUGUAAACUGCAUAUCUUGCUUAGGGUAUUUUUGUAAAAAUGAUAUUACACAUUGCAUUACCUUUACAAGGUAUGUAUAAGAGUUUAGUCAAUAAAAUUAUGUAUUGUACCACACACUUAAUUUAGAAUGUUAAGGAAUAAAAUUAAAUCCCAGUUUAGAAUUAUGUAUAUUUCCAAUAUUGUGACCAUAUGUAACUACAAAAAUUGAAUUCAUGAAAUAAAAAAUAUACAAAAAUAAUAUAUUCUAUAAAAAAUAAAUACUUCGAAAGUA